AAAACCAAAAAACUACUUUCUUCGUGUGGUUACAAGGAUUAAAUGAGGGGCUGGGCCCUCAAUAGGUAUUAAUAUUUUCAGAUCAUGCAGCCCAUCUCUGCAUCUGCCUCUCCAGACAUGUGCAUACAGACAUUCUGUGUGUGCACACACGGGUACAGAAGCUGUCUGCGUGCCCACGUCACAGCUGACGACCAUGUGCCACUAAAGUUUCCAGUUGACAGUAGCAGAUUUGCUCCCUUGGGCUUCUGUGUACCCUCCCGAGCUUGAUGGUUGGAGCACGAGCUUUCACCCUCUUUGGAACAAGAGUGCCUUGUGGGUUUGGAGGCAGACGUGGAAGGCAAGGCGUCUCUAAGCCAGCCUGUUUCCUACUGCUCUGACCGACAUGACCCAGGAACAGGGUGGGGCGGGAAGGAGGGGGAGAGGAGGAGAGUGAGUAAGAGGGAGGGGGCCUAGGAGGGAACCUCCUCCCCAAAGGAAAUGCACUGUAACUAACACAUCUAGAGUCUGGUGCCUGAGCCCCUUCUGUGGGGCUUGGGGAGUCUCCCCCGCCCACCUCCCCACCCCACCCUCCAAGGCUCCUUUAGGUUCCUGUUCCCAGGAGGCAGCUGGCAUGGGGGCUGAGAACAGGAAGGCGAGGCUGGAGGGAUAGUGGGGCAGGGAAUUUUUGCCCAGAGCCCUUCCGAAGGGAGUGUCCCAACAGGGCACACACACAGUGAUUAAGGGGGAGGGGGGGAAAUGACAGCUGCUGUCCACUGCAGUACCCAGCCUCUGGGCUGGAUGGUGGCCAGCUCUCCCCCCCGCCCCCCGGGGCUCUUGGCUGCAAUUUCAGCCCUGGCACCACCCGAUGGCCUACUCAGACACUCCUUCAGGUCCAGGGGCCAGACGGAGCCCUGCUGGGAGGAGCCGCCGAGGGACAGACAGGGCUGGGCCAGGCAGCUCUCCCCGGCCCCUCCCUGCAGCCUUGCUCCUCUACCGCCCCCUCUGCCUGUAUCCUGCUCCAGCUGGGUUUGAAAGAGGUGCUCUAAUCCUCUCGCCCCGCAAAGCAGGUCCUACCCUGGACUCUUUCCUCUUAGCCAGAAGCUACCCACAAACUGGUUCCACCUUGUAGACCCUGACCUGAGCCUUUACUGCUGAGAGAAUCCUCUAGACCAGGCCAGCUGCCCCCUGCCCCCUGCCCCCAGCCUUCUCUCUCCCACCAGACACACCCUCCUGCUGCUGAGACCACUUCCUGGAGCCCUCUCUGGGUGAGGAGUGAGUUCUACCUUCCUGACUGCCCUGGCUCCUUGUCAACUCUGAAGAAUCAGUGCCCUACUCCUUAAUGGACCUCAUAAUAGUGCUCUGUGUGCCCUGCCCCAUGCUGACCAGCCCCCUGUGCUUCAUCUCCCAGAAGUCAGGAGGCUCCAAGGAUGGUGCCCAACGUACCCACCUCACCCCACCUCCACCCAGGCGGUUGUGGCUAAUGUCACCUUAUGGGUGCACAACAAACACUUCUGGAUUGAUACUGAUUCCAUCCAGGUCAUGCUUUGGCACAUUUACCUCCUGGGUCUGGGAGCAGAGUGUGGAGUUAUGCUUGAUUGGAUAUUUAAUUAGCGCCUUUGUGGACAAAGGGAUUUGACUUUUCAUUCUUUGGCUUGGGUGUUCCGGGAGUACAUGAUUUUUGAUAAAACGCUAUGGAGUCAUCCAGUCCUGGAAACUGUCCAGCUGCCCUGAUUAAGCACCUUCCCUUCCAUGCUUGAUUCCCUGAUUUGGCACCCCUCCCCAUCCCACCUCAUGCCACCCCUCCCUGGCUCGGAGCCUGCCUGUCCCCCCAUGCUGCCACCUGUGAUCUUCCCAUUGUAGCAAGAAGGGUCUAACUCAUCCCAGAUUUUUGUGGAGACUCCUGGCCCAAUCCAGAUCCAUUGGUAUUUACAGUUUUCAAACUACAGAGGGAGACCCUUCCUGUCUUCCUGAAGCAAUUUUGCCUGCCUGGCUCAGGCUCUUGCAGGGCGUGCCCCACAAAGGAAUGAAUCACUAACACUGGGAUUUCAGGCAGGGGGCACCUGUUGGAGGAAAUAUUUAAGUCUGAACCAUCUUCCUGGGGUUCCACAAACCUUGGCCCCAUCCUUGGCCUUGAUGGAUUGAUGGACCUUUUCGGAUUUACCUCUGGCUUUGGGGUGCUUUAAUGCUUGUGGCCUGCCCCUGAAGAGCGGCGGAGGCUGUGGAAGUCCAGCCUCCGGACCAGGGAUCUAACCCUUGUCACAGCUGCUGCAGUGUCCAGGCUGGAGCCUUAACCUACAGGAGAACGUCAGAUCUCAUUUUUUUCUGCUGAUUCUCCAUUGCACACCUGGCAGCUGGUCACCAGGGAAGAAGGACUCCCUCAGGCUUCUCCCCCAUUUCUGAGAACAGCCCAACUUGGGUACCAGGGAGUUAAUGAAGUCUCCCCUCCACCCCCACCCCCAGGUGAAGGACAGUUCCUGAGGAGGGGGCCUGACAGUAGCAGGGGCCUCCCAGCUGGCAGUUUUCAAGCAGGUCGUGGUGUGUGGUUUUAAGGAACAGCCUAGGAGAGGGCGCUCCCACCGCACCUCUCUGGGAUUGGUGGCUGGCCCACCCCAGAUGUGGACUAUUGUCUCUGGUUGGCAUUUCUGAGUCAGUCUUUGAAAGGAGACAAAGCCAAGGAGAGCCUGGUGAUACUGUGUUUGUUGCUGGGGAGGAGCAUCCCUGGGGGCCCCCACCUCAGGUCCCCUGACUUCCCCUGUGUCAAGUUCCCCUGGGCACCCCAGAGGAGGGAGCCAUAGUUCUGUGCCUCCUUCCUGCAUGUCCCUCUUUUUUUUUUUUUUUUUUUUUUUUUUAAUUUGCUACUUGAAUGCCCGCUGUGCAGUGUUUUAUUUGGUAAGUGACACUCACAACCCUUUAAGGAGAAAGCAUAUAAUUCCAGUAAUUUUAUUGGGAUCAGGAUUCAGAAAUGGAAAUAAAAUUGCCUCUAAAAAGAUUCGCAGAAUUGAAGAACAAAAUAACAGGGAAAAGCCGUCCCUGAUUUCGGAUAAAUGGUAAGAUAUCUUGUAAAACAUUAGAGAAAAAAAUUAGUAAACAAACGGAAAGACCCAGGAGAAAAGUGGCGGCGAGAGGGGACCUCAUCCACCACCCUUGCUUUCAUUUCUGCUUUACCUUUACGAAAGGGCUAACUUCGCGUGUUAGAAAGUGAGGCGAAGAACGCGACUGGUGCAAUUGGUCCUUGUCCCGCGCUGAACAGUACAGGUGGACGGAAAGGGGCUGCCUGCCAAAUACUUCUGGUUGGAGGGAGGGGUGGGAGUGCUCUCUCAAAACCACUCCUGGAAUGGCUUAACUCGCCCAGCACGAAUCAAUGACAACCUCCCGCCGGCUGCGGCAGGCUCCCCUGAGCAGCGCUGCCGCGUGGAUUCCCAGCCCGGGACCCUGGCGGCGCUCAGGACACCGCCCGGGCACGAGCGCGGCAUCUCCGGGGCGGCAAGGGCUCCGGCUGAGAACAUGGCCAAUGGCAUUGACGAGCUGAUCGGCAUUCCCUUCCCCAACCACAGCAGCGAGGUCCUGUGCAGCCUGAACGAGCAGCGGCAUGACGGGCUGCUCUGCGACGUGCUCCUGGUGGUGCAAGAGCAGGAGUACCGCACCCACCGCUCUGUGCUGGCCGCUUGCAGCAAGUACUUCAAGAAGCUCUUCACGGCCGGCACCCUAGCCAGCCAGCCCUACGUCUACGAGAUUGACUUUGUCCAGCCCGAGGCGCUUGCUGCCAUCCUGGAGUUCGCCUACACCUCCACGCUCACCAUCACCGCCUCCAAUGUCAAGCACAUCCUCAAUGCGGCCAGGAUGCUGGAGAUCCAGUGCAUCGUGAACGUGUGCCUGGAGAUCAUGGAGCCUGGGGGGGAUGGGGGGGAGGAGGAUGACAAGGAGGACGAUGAUGAUGACGAAGAUGAUGAGGAGGAGGAUGAAGAGGAAGAGGAGGAGGAAGAGGAGGAAGAGGACGAUGACGACACGGAGGAUUUUGCCGAUCAAGAAAACUUGCCUGACCCGCAGGACAUCAACUGCCACCAAAGCCCUUCCAAGACGGACCACCUCUCGGAGAAGGCCUAUUCGGAUACUCCCAGGGACUUUCCCGAUUCCUUCCAGGCCGGCAGCCCGGGCCACCUGGGCGUGAUCCGGGACUUCUCCAUCGAAUCUCUGCUGAGGGAGAACCUGUACCCCAAAGCCAACAUCCCUGACAGGAGACCCUCCUUAUCUCCAUUCGCCCCGGACUUCUUUCCACACCUCUGGCCAGGGGACUUCGGUGCCUUCACCCAGCUGCCCGAGCAACCCAUGGACAGUGGGCCCCUGGACCUGGUCAUCAAGAACCGCAAGAUCAAGGAGGAGGAGAAGGAGGAGCUGCCCCCACCCCCACCACCGCCCUUCCCCACUGACUUCUUCAAGGACAUGUUCCCGGACCUUCCCGGGGGGCCGCUGGGCCCCAUCAAGGCAGAGAAUGACUACGGUGCCUAUCUCAACUUCCUGAGUGCCACCCACCUAGGGGGCCUCUUCCCGCCCUGGCCACUGGUGGAGGAGCGCAAGCUGAAGCCCAAGGCCUCUCAGCAGUGCCCCAUCUGCCACAAAGUCAUCAUGGGGGCCGGGAAGCUGCCUCGGCACAUGAGGACCCACACCGGGGAGAAGCCAUACAUGUGCAGCAUCUGCGAGGUCCGCUUCACCAGGCAGGACAAGCUGAAGAUCCACAUGAGGAAGCACACGGGCGAGCGGCCCUACCUGUGCAUCCACUGCAAUGCCAAGUUCGUGCACAACUACGACCUCAAGAACCACAUGCGCAUCCACACGGGCGUGCGGCCCUACCAGUGCGAGUUCUGCUACAAGAGCUUCACGCGCUCCGACCACCUGCACCGCCACAUCAAGCGCCAGAGCUGCCGCAUGGCCCGGCCCCGGCGCGGCCGCAAGCCUGCCGCCUGGAGGGCCGCCAGCCUGCUCUUCGGGCCUGGGGGCCCGGCCCCGGAGAAGGCGGCCUUCGUGAUGCCGCCAGCGCUGGGCGACGUGGGCGGCCACCUGGGCGGGGCCGCCGUGUGCCUCCCCGGUCCCAGCCCAGCCAAGCACUUCUUGGCAGCGCCCAAGGGCACGCUGAGCCUGCAGGAGCUGGAGCGCCAGUUCGAGGAGACGCAGAUGAAGCUGUUCGGGCGCGCUCAGCUCGAGGCCGAGCGGAACGCGGGGGGCCUCCUGGCCUUCGCGCUGGCCGAGAACGUGGCCGCCGCGCGGCCCUACUUCCCGCUGCCCGACCCUUGGGCCGCGGGCCUGGCCGGCCUCCCCGGGCUCGCUGGCCUCAACCACGUGGCCUCCAUGUCUGAAGCCAACAACUAGGCUGGUCCUCGGUCAACCCCAGCCCUGCUUCCCUGUCCAGUUUUCCCUUCCAGGCCCACCCGCCCCAUCCAAUGGGUUUGAACUUUAUAUUUCAAAAUCACAAAAGAAAAAGGAAAAAAAUACCAGCAGCCCUGAUAUUUUCUGGGCCUCCUGAGGCAGCUGCCUCCCUUUUGCUGGUGUCUGAGAUGGGCAUCUCCUCCCAGCAGGCCUGACCUCUCCCUGGCUGACUCUCUGCCCUCACGCGGAAACCUACAAGGGCCCAGGCCACAGAGGGGGCCCCAGGCUGUGUGCCUGGGAGCACUUUGGAGCUGGGUGAGGCUAGAUGGAGGAGGUGGUUUGGUCAGAGGCAGGGGGAUGGAAUGGGGUUGAAGGUCAGGCCCUGAGGCACACAUCUGGUGAGCCCCACUCUCUGUGACAGAGGUCCUGCUAAUCCUGUGCCCUUAAGUCAUUGUUCCAGUUUCCAGCAGCCCUGGGAUAUUUAGGGGAAAGUUCCUAUUGGCAGGGAGACCUCCUGGAGUCAGGAGCAAGGCUCCUGGAGUCCUGGCCCGUUCUUCCCUCCCUGUCCUGUGACCUUGAACAAGUCAGCCCUGGGUACCCCAGUUUCACCCUGCUGGGAAAAGGGGCUGGUGAUUUCAUUUCCUUUCUACCAUCCACCCCUACACUUCUACAUGCCCACCCCUCCCAAAGAGAAGCCUUGAGAGGGUUGCAGCUUUGCCCUCCUAAUGUCCCUGGUUACCCUUUCUGUCUUACUGGGCUUAGUUGUGUGACAUCCACCUCUACGUUAGCACAGGUGAGAAAUGUGGCCAAACUCAACAGGGGUGGCAGAGGGAGAGGGCUGGAGUGGGGCUUGUCCACAGCUCCCAGGCAGCUUUGGGGAGCUCCAAAUCCUCCCCUCUCCUCUGGGCAGGCCUCUGUGCAUGUCUGGGGACAUUUAGCAUUGUCCCCACUUCCACAGGCUCCCUCCAACGCCAUAAGGAGUCUUGCAGGACUCCUGGAGUCAGUAUAGAAGGUAUGGGGACCACUUCUUAACACCUGGCAAACGCCUCCAUCUACCUGAUCUCUGCCUGGGAACAGACAAAACGACCAGCUACCCAGAUAUCUGUUUGCUUUCUAGUUUUGUGGGCUUCUCAGGACUUUGGCAUUGCUGUGUUUGAACACCCUUAACGUUGCCCCCCACCUCCAUCCCCUGGCGAGGAAGUUGGGUGACUGGUGUGGGGAGUCAGAGCCUGGCUCCAGCCUGGGAUGGAGGGCUCUGAGCAAGGGCUGUCCGCACACUCUCCAGUGUGGAGCAGAUCCUGAGAAAGAAGACGACUCUGCUAACCCAGUGCCUUCCUGGUCUCUCCCUUUGCUGCCCUUCCCUCCCUUUUCUUGCUGAGUUUUGCUUUUGUUUCUCAGUAGCCCCGAAGCCUCUGCAUGGAUGUCCCAGGGCUAGUGUCCCCAUCCAGGAGCUGUGGGCACAAGAGACUUCGGCUCUUCCUAUAGCCUUGGCUUCUUCCCCGAACAAACACGCACACACAAAACAAAAAGGCCAGAGAAGACCCCAGACUCUGUCGCUCUGCCAGCCCCCUCCGAAAAGACCUCUGACUCCACACAGCACCAGACGCCCUGACGGCCAGAGGGGACUGCUGCGGACACCCUCCUGUCCUCAGAUGCCAUCUGUCUGGGCAGUUGCCGCUCAGAUUCCCAUCUCCGUUUCUGACGCUCGCUUCUGGGACCCACCAGCCAGCAUGCCCAUGUUCCCCCCCACCCCCACCCCAUCAGCCAAGGGAGUGGGGCUGACCCAAACUUUAAAACGAGGAAAAAACCCGAUUUGAAUCCAGUGGUGUUGGGGCUUUGGUUUUUAUUUUGUAAAGGUAAUGACUUCUUAUAAACUCAAUUUUUCAGAUGACUGAUUUGUUCUUUCUGUUUUCUCUUGGCUGCAGUUUGGAGUUGUACAUUGUAAAAUAUCCAAAGAUGUUGAGUACUGUAUGAUCAAGAACUUGAAGCAAAUGGGUCAUGGGGGGCGGGCAGGGGUGGUUGUGUUUUGUUUUAUGUCCCACCCCAUUCCCCCCCCUUUUUGGAUGUUUCGAUUUCCCUGUCUGUGGGAGGACUUUGGAAUUUUUUCUAUUUAUAGCUCUUUUUUUAUGUGAUUGCUUUAUGUAAAAUGACACUCAACAAAAGUUUGCCUUAGUGUUUCAAGGGACAAUCUUCCAUAACUUUGGUUGCACGCCGCAUCCUGCUGAGAAAAACUCUCAGUUAAUUUUCUGGCCUAUUUAUUAAACAGUAUUCAUUGACUUGAUUAAA